GAGAUGGAUACAACUUCGAAACCGUUCAACCUCUCAACAACCAUAUAUUUUCAGGAUUAUGGAAACGAGACGACCAUCAAUCGUUUUGAACAGCCGGAUUGGCAAGUGGCACUGUGGGCAAUUGCUUAUUCACUGAUAGUGAUUGUGUCUGUCACAGGAAAUGUCACUGUAAUUUGGAUAAUUUUGGCGCACAAAAGAAUGAGGACAGUGACUAACUAUUUUAUAGUAAAUCUUGCAUUCUCGGACGUUUCGAUGGCUACUUUUAACACUGUCUUCAAUUUUGUUUAUGCUAUACACAACGACUGGUACUUCGGGUUGGGAUACUGUAGGUUUCAGAACUUCUAUCCCAUCACAGCCAUGUUUUCAAGCAUUUACUCUAUGGCAGCUAUUGCGGUUGACAGAUACAUGGCCAUAAUUUACCCUUUGAAACCAAGGCUGUCCUCCACAUCCACCAAGAUUGUGAUUGGUCUCAUCUGGGCGGUGGCAUUCUCCCUGGCUUUCCCCCAGUGCUACUACUCUGUCACCCAGUAUUAUCCACCACGGACCAUCUGCAUGGUCAACUGGCCUGAUGAGUAUGGUGGGAAACACCAUCUCACAUACCAGAUAGCUAUGAUCAUACUGAUCUACCUGCUUCCCCUGCUGGUGAUGUUGAUCACCUACAGCCUUAUUGGCCAGACACUGUGGGGCAGUGAGAUACCGGGGGAGGCCUCAGAUCACUACCAGAAUCAGAUCCACGCCAAACGCAAGGUGGUGAAGAUGAUGAUAGUGGUGGUGAUGACCUUCGCCCUGUGCUGGCUGCCCUACCACAUCUACUUCAUCCUGGGCAGCUUCAACAAGGAAAUCUACAUGCAGACGUACAUCCAGCAGGUAUACCUGGCCAUCUUCUGGCUGGCCAUGAGCUCCACCAUAUACAACCCCAUCAUCUACUGCUGCCUCAACCAAAGAUUCCGCUCGGGGUUCCGUCACGCUUUCAGCUGGUUACCCUUCAUAAAGGUGUCGGAGGAGGACAAGAUGGAAUUGCAGCACACACAGACCUUCAGGAUGACACGCAGCUAUCGCACUGAGAACACCAAGGGUACUGUGGUCCGCCACAACUCCACCCAACACGAUGACCACACCACAGUCAAGCUCAUGAAAUGCUAA